GAAUUCUGCGGUGCGCUGUUUGGGCGAUACCAGAACCCGGCGGAGAUUGGGAUAUUCGCGCUGUCGCAUAGGUUACAUAAGCCGCGAUUAUUGAGAACCCCUUUGCCUUAGCGGGCACAGCUGUAUGUUCCCUGACUGUACUGUACAUAAUCAGCAGAGCCGGAGAUCGCUAUCAGAGCCAGCGGCUUCAACACCACUAUAUAUCCUGGGAUAACACUCGUCAACAAGUGCAAGCCAAUAACUGCUAUGGAUGUCAUCAUUUCGGCAAUGCCUCCAUACCUUGCUUCCAGCCUGCUCGAACGAUACAUCCAUAGCUUUCCGGGAAUUACGUUGGAUGCUCGAAACAGUAGCCCUUCGGCGAUUUCGCUCCGCAUACUUUUUCCCUCGGCCAUCUCGCCCCUUUCCGCAAGUACAUUCUCUCUCCGAUGAAGGUGUCCAGCACGCCUUUGAAAAAAGUUGCACAGACCAUGAAAGGCAAAGGAUUUUCCGCUGGGCAUGGCAGAGAGGAAAAGAGAGCAGGCCUUUGCAGUAUAUAUUGGGGACACAGGCCUUUUGCGGGAUGGAUAUCAAGCUGCGGGCGCCGACGCUAAUCCCAAGAUGGGAAACCGAAGAGUGGGUGACCCGUCUCUCCUCCAUUCUAGCCCCCCAACUCUCAGAUCGCAAAAAGCACAACCUCCCACAUUUUCGCAUACUUGAUCUGUGCACAGGCACAGGAUGCAUCGCAAUAUCCCUCGCUCACUUGGCGCCACCACAAAGCGUCAAGAUCACGGCAGUGGAUAUAGCCGACUCGGCCGUGGCAUUGGCAGGCGUCAAUGCACGCCGGUUGCUGGCGUCCAAUGAUGUGGAAGUACAGAAAGCGGAUAUCACGGACGACGCACAGCUAGCAGAUAUGCUCCGAGCAGGAGCGACGGGGGAUACGAGAUUUGACAUUGUCGUUUGUAACCCUCCGUACGUGAGUGAUGCGGAAUAUGCGGAAGUAGACGAUGAUGUUAGAUUGUGGGAAGACAAACGGGCACUCGUCGCUGACAAAGAGGGAACAGCCCUACUCGAACGCAUCGCGCAGGUCGCGCAGGCGGGGCUGCUGACGACGCCUACCGAGAUGGCCUCCAAUGCUAAACCUGCUGUCCCGCGAUUGGUAAUGGAGAUUGGAGCCGCACAAGGGCCAGCUGCAAAGAAAAUCGUAGAAGACGCUGGAUUCCAUCAUGUGAGGAUAUGGAAGGAUAUGUCGCAACGAGACAGAUGUGUUGUGGGAUAUUAGUUACCCGAUCAGGGUUGAAUGGAAAGGUCCCACACUCGAUCUCAUUCUGAGUUUCUCUGCGAGCGAACGAUUCUGCGAUUUGAAGUGUUAGUUU